CUCUCCCUCCCUCCCUCUCCCUCUCUCUCUCGCGCCCAGCGUGCACGGCAUAAAGCGAGCGCGACAGAGGCGCCGGAGCGACACGGCGAGAGGGGAAAGGGAGGGAGGCGGACGGGCUGGGAAGUGCUCAGGGAGAGAGAACGGAGCGCACUGCUCGCCUUUGACGCGCGCGAGCGGGGUUAGAGAGACAGAGAAAGAGGGGCGAGACGAGCACGGACGGUCAUCUCGCGCGUUCGUCUUCCGUGCGCGUGUUACUACUACAAGGGAGAGGCGAAUAGCUUACAAGAGAGGAAGCGGAGGGGAGAGGAGGAGUAGGAGGGACGGCACUUGCCACGCUCCGAUGUAGUCGAAUUAAAAGGGGAAUUGCUUGUUUAUUUAUCCCACCCCCUCCCCCCUUUUAAAUAUCCUCGGAACCCUCCACAGUCCCCCCCCCCCCACAUAAAGAGAAAAACGGGUUCAAAAUUAUUGCGGCCGACGGCGAAUCUCUCUUGCGCCCCGCCGCCCGCUCUUCGCCGUUGUCGCCAUGAAGCGCUUCACGGACAAUUUCCGCAAGGUGCUGGACGGCCUCACCACGCCGGGAGCCCCGCAGAGCCCCAGCAAGCCCGAGAGCGAGAUCGCGGAGAGCCUCGCCUCCGAACACUUCCAAGUAUCAAAGACGGUGAGACACGGAUUCCCGCAUCAACCCACGGCGCUCGCCUUCGACCCGGUGCAGAAGAUCCUGGCGGUAGGGACGCACGGAGGCGCCUUGCGAGUGUUCGGGAGGCCUGGAGUGGACUGCUUCUGCCAACACGAGAACGGCGUAGAGGUGACACAGCUGAUGUUCAUGGUGAACGAGGGCGCUUUGAUCAGCAGAUGCUCCGACGACAGCCUCCACCUGUGGAACCUUCGGCAGAAGCAGCCGGCGGUGCUGCACUCGCUCAAGUUCCACAAGGAGAGCAUCGGCUGCGCCCACCUGCCAUUCCAGAGCAAGUGGCUCUACAUCGGCACCAAGAAGGGCAACAUCCACGUGGUGAACGUGGAGUGCUUUCAGCUCUCGGGCUACGUCAUCAUGUGGAACAGAGCCAUCGAGUUGUCGACGAAAGCCCACCCCGGCUCCAUCGUGCACAUCAGCGACAACCCCGUGGAUGAAGGGAAGCUGCUGAUUGGCUACGAGAGGGGAACCGUCGUGCUCUGGGACUUGAAGUCCAAGAAGGCUGAUUUCCGAUACUAUUACGAAGAGGAGAUUCACUCGGUGUCGUGGCACCACGAGGGAAAGCAGUUCGUGUGCAGCCACUCGGACGGCAGCCUCACCACGUGGAACGUCCGCAGCCCCGCCAGGCCCACCGGCCUCGUCGUGCCCCACAAAAAACCUUUCAAAGAAGGCAGGAAGGUGGACGUGUGUGGGCCCAUCUUGAAGGUGGAACACAAGACCUGCCGGACUGCGGAGCCCUUCACGAUUUUCUCCGGCGGCCUGGUGGAGGGCAAGGCCAAGCGGAGCAGCCUGUCGGUGAUGCAUGGCAGGAACAUCACCGUGCUCGAGAUGGACUCCAACAUCGUCGACUUCCUCACCUUGUGCGAGACGCCUUACCCCAGCGAUUUCCAAGACCCUUACGCGGUGGUCGUGUUGCUUGAAAAGGACAUGGUGGUGGUUGACCUCACGCAAAGCGGCUACCCAAUCUUUGAAAACCCCUACGCGAUGGACAUCCACGACUCACCCGUCACGUUCUGCGAGUAUUUUGCCGACUGCUCGGUGGAAAUCAUCCCGGCGCUGUAUUCUGUAGGAGCCCGUCAGAAGAAGCAGGGCUUCAGCAAACAGGAGUGGCCCAUUAGUGGCGGCAGCUGGGACAUCGGCAACCAGAGCUACCCAGAGGUGAUCAUCACAGGGCACGCGGAUGGCUCCCUCAAGUUCUGGGAUGCUUCCGCCAUCACCCUGCAGCUGCUGUACAAGCUCCGCACGGCCAAGAUUUUUGAACGACCCGUGGCAGCCGGGGUCGCAGUUCGUGACGUCGGCAAGGGUGGCGGCAUCGUGCCUUCGCCUGCCCCGGCGGCGGUGACGGUGGACGAGCCCGAGGACCCGUUCGCUGUCCAGCUGCUGGCCUGGUGCCCCGAGAGCCGGAUGCUGUGCGUCGCCGGCGCGUCGUCCCACGUCGUCUUCUAUCGAUUCAGCCGUCAGGAGGCCGUCGGCGAGAUUGCGGUGCUGGAGGUGAGGAUGCAGCCGGAGCCAGAGGGAGCCGAGACUCCCGAUCCUGACGCGGUGAUAGCGACCGUCUCCUCCUCGUUGUCCUCAUCGUCCACGACUUCUGCUGCUGCCGCUGCUUCCGGUGCCGCCACCUCCUCCUCCUCCUCUUCCACCUUCCCCUCCUCGUCGCUUCCGCCCCCCCCGGCGCCGUCCGGACCCGGCCCGGGCCUCCCGGCGUCGUCAUCGCAGCUGCCGUACCCUCGCGGGCACCCGUCCAGCGCCAGCACAGGCUCUGGCGACGGGGCGGUGCCGUCCCUCAGGGUGAAGAGCGAGGCCGUGCGCCAGUCGCCGGGCUACCAGGCCGAGCUCGUCGUGCAGCUGGUGUGGGCCGACGGGGAGACCUCGCAGCUGCCCACCAGCUUGGAGGUCAGCUCCGCCUAUGGCCUGGUGGCGCUGGGUACUUGCAGUGGCCUCGUCGUGGUGGACGUCCUGCAGAGGAGCAUUCUUCUCAGCCUGAGCUGCCUCGACCUCUACGGCUCCAGUGACCCCUACCAGAGACAACCCAAGUCUCCACGCAAGAGCAAGCAGCUGGCUGCUGGCCUGGCUGACAUCACAGAGGGUAUCGGGGCCCCGGACACAGAGAGGAGCCGCUCGCCAAGUUCAGUAGUGCGAUCACGAAGAUGGAGUUUUGUUUAUUUAACAGUUAAAAGACACCGGAAAUUAAGUCUCCCAAGUGACCUUAAGACAAGCAUAGUAGUUCUCCAAAAGAGCUACCAAAACAGCAAACGAGAUGACGUAAUUGACACAGACCAGCUGAACGGGGUGUGCACGAGUCCCACGGCGGUCCAGCAGUCGAGGAGCCCCGCGAAACGCCUCGCCCCCAGCGAAGCGCCCAAGGCCAAGAGCCGGGGACCCGUGAGACCUCCGUUCCGCAAGGCGAUGUCCGCCGCCUGCAUGGAGGUCAGCGCGCCCGCCGCGCCCGCCAACGGAGAAGGUGCCUCCAAAUCAUUCCACAUUGGCGUGGGCGCCUCCACUCCAGCUGCCACGACCGCCACGACGCACGGAGGCAGGCGAGCAAUGCUUCAGCAAUUACACAGCUUCAGUAUAUUCUCGCAUGACGAUCACCAGGCCUCCGGUUACGCGUGGAAUGGCCGAGAGACACGCGACAACUCGCUGGGCCAGUCGCGAAGCUCCAGCGUGUGCAGCAUCGACAAGGAGUCGCGCGAGUCCGUCACGGCCCUGCGCUUCUCGGAGAGCUUCGCGCGCAAGGGCGACGGCUCCACGUGCCCGUGCCUCUGGGUCGGCACCAGCCUGGGCACCGUCCUCUCCGUGGGCCUCAGCCUGCCGCCGUCCAGCGAGCAGCGGCUCAGCCAGCCGGUCAUCAUCUCGCCGAGCGGCACCGUGACGCUGCUCAAGGGCCCCGUCCUCCGCGUGGACUUCCUCGACUGCGGCGGGGCGCUGGCGAGGCGGCCGCACGAGGCGUGGCGCGACACCAACUCGCACAGCGACGAGCGGGACGAGCGGGGGGAGCGGGCGCGGCGCCGCAGGCCCCAGUCGGUGACGCCGUCGGCGUCGGCGCAGGAGCUGGGCGCCGCCACCCAGUACGUGGUGGCGUGCUCCGAGAAGCAGGCCAAGGUGGUGGCACUGCCGGCGCAGAGCUGCGUCUACAAGCACAACAUCACGGAGACGUCGUUCGUGCUGCGCGCCGACGCCGUCGCCAUCGGCGCCAGCGCGUGCCUCGCGAGCUUCUGUGCCAAUGGCCACAUCAUCAUCUUUAGCCUCCCCAGCCUGCGUCCCCUGCUGGACGUGAACUUCCUGCCGCUCGCCGACUUGCGAGCGGCUCGCACGUUCUGCUUCUCCAACGGCGGCCAGGCCCUGUACCUGUGCUCGCCCACGGAGAUCCAGCGAAUCACCUACAGCCAGGAGAUGUGCGAGAGUUUACAGGACAUGCUGGGGGAGCUGUUCAUCCCGGUGCAGACCCCGGAGGCUCCCAACAAAGGCUUCUUCAAGGGGUUCUUCGGCGGAAACAGCCCCUCGCUCGACAGGGAAGAGCUCUUCGGCGAGACCGGAUCCGGCAGGGCGUCGCGCAGCCUCGCGCAGCACAUCCCGGGCCACGGCUCCGGCUCCGAGGGAGUGAAGGCCGCGGCGGGCGGGGUGGCGGCCGAGAUGUCGCGGGCGCGCCUGGCGCUGGACGAGCGCGGGCAGCGGCUAGGCGACCUGGAGGACCGCACGGCGGCGAUGCUCUCCGGCGCCGAGAACUUCAGCAAGCACGCGCACGAGAUGAUGCUGAAGACGAAAGACAAGAAGUGGUACCAACUGUGAGGCAACGCGGCGAGCAGCGAGGAGCCGCGAUCGCCGUCCCGCCCAGGAGACGGUCGGGGGUCGAGAGAGAGUCACUCCGAACGCUCGCCCGCUCGCUCUCGCUGAGCGCGCAAACACCGCCGGUGACCGCAAGCGCUCCUGUGCACGGAGACAAUCCCAGCCCGCGUGGACGUCCGAGCGCCUGCAACCCCCCCCCCCCAACCACCACCCAUCCCUCCGGGGAGAGAGGGGACGCGCCGGCGGUAAUGGAAUAUUUACACACGCGAAAAAAAAAUCGAAAACAAAACUACAACAACACAUGGGAAAGAUGCGACACGGACGGGCUCCGGUGUAAAGGUGCAGGGGGAGAUUCGCAGAGGGGCGGCCCGAGUGGAGAUGCAAUCGUGCCAAGUGGCAACGCCGAGCUGUUAACCUGCGUCGCGAAGGUUAACGUAGCACACGUUCCCGCCUGGCACGUUCGUAUCGAGAGCUCGGAGGCGGGAGUGUGCGGGUGGGAAUGGGGGUUUCUGCGCGUGGAUAUUGUUCGUAGGGUUCAGGGCGGACGGGCGGGCUGAUGUGGGGAGGAGUGGCAGGGGGAAGUGCAAUGUUUAAAAGUUCAUCACCGCAUUGCCAAACUCUGUGCUGCACGAUGGGAGCCGCAUUCGACUCAGCUUUAUAGGUCCUGGAGUGCGAUACUGGGCGACUGUGGAAAAGAGCUUCAUAGCUUAUCGGAUUCCUCCAGUAUAAACAAAUAUUCUAUGAUACGUUUUUUCUUGAAAACCUUAAGGUGUCUUUUCUUUUUCUCGUUUAUAAAGUUGGCUUUAUCGUUUCGAGACGUGGCGCGUUAAAGGUUUUUUUUUCUCUUCUUUGUUUGAGAUUCGAAUUAUGCUUUAAUAAAUAAUAAGUUUAUCUUCCAUCCUUUAGAAGGACUCAUUUGCAAUAUUAUGAACCGUUUAUUUGAAAGUAUAUUUUGACAAAAAAAAUAAUUCAUUGCCGUUAACCGAAAACGCGUUAAGCGGACAACACGCUCGGGGCACGUCCACACGCAUCGCAAGUAUACGUUUAUACGGCACGUCCGGUGGUGUUUUUGCGAGAGCAUCAGUCACGCUUUUCCAACAUGUGCGAUGUUUUGUAAGAGAUUAUAUUAUAAGACGAACACGUAUGGUUUUAGCUAAUUAUGCAGUAGUUUUCAAUAGACAUUUAUUAGUCCGCAAAAUAUAUUCGUAACCUCUCCGACCGUGUUACUGCACACCUUAAUAAAAUAACUAAAGUCUUACUAUUCUUAAUAUUUAUUGUUAAUAUUAUAUUACAACGUAGACAUAUACAAUUACGGAUACAUUAAAGACUUGACUUUAAUGUUCAAUGGCUAUCUGUUAUGCCCUGUAAUGCUCUUACAGCGGAUGUAUUUUGUAAACCUUUGCAUCCUUUGUAUUGGUCUGUACCCAUCGUGACCUGGAGUCGCUCUCCUGCUGCACGAACUGGGGGUCUAGGCUGCCGUUUCUGGAGCGUUUUUGAGUCUCGGUGGCAAGGGGGGGAUGGGGGGGGGGGUGAUGAGACAAUUUGGCUCGUGCGACUGGUCCUUGAAUAAGUAAGGCUGCGUGCCCGUGUCUGGCGGGUCCUGGCGGUGGAAAGAUUAACCAGAGAAACAAAAAAGAAAUGCACAAUUGUUUUUAGAGCAUUCGUGCAGAGUUUACUGGCGGCGAGAGACGUGGCACUCGUGCGUGCGCGUGCGUGUAAGUCUCGCGUGUGUGUUAUGAUUUCGUGUUUGUUUUCUACCUAAUAUGAACGUGCUCGUCGCACGACGUUACGGGGGGUGCCGAGCACUUCACUGGUCAUUUGUAUUUUAGAGCGUCGUCAUAUUUUGCAGCGGUGGGUUUCUCCGGUGGCAGAAGAAAAAAAACAAAUAAUUUGACUUGAUAAAAAAAAAUCCGAGCGAGCGGCUACUCCGUCGAUCGAAUCUCUGCGCUCAUUGCUCGCUUUAGAAGGAUGCAGAAACAUCUUCUGGGUAGAUGUGCUCCCGAAAGAAUCACCCGAUCGUACACAAUAAAGUUUUUUUUUUUUGUCACGUGCCGUAGUUUUAUUUUGCGUCGCACAAGCUGCUAACGAAGACCGUGCGGUUCGUUCCUCCUCCUCCUCCUCCCUCCUCUUCUCGUUUUCGCUUCUUCGCCUCUCUCGUGCUGGGGAUGUGGCGUGUGUUUUCGGUGUGACUCAUCAAACGAGUGCCAAUGAUGUAAUAGUUUAAACCUCCUUUGACGUUAACCUCUUGCCGUUUGAAUAAAUCUCAACUCUGGAAAACGACACCGGUCCAGUGCGUGUGGCGAUGCCGUCGUAUUAAAUAAACGCCUGUGAAAAAAUAA